UACAAACUACUACGUGCAUCGAUACUUGCCUGAAUAAUUGUUCAGUAGUGAAUAGUUGUAACAGUAAACACAUGAUUGUAUUCAUAUUAUGCCAAGGUUUUCCCAAAUUCCGACAAAAUAGUCCAUGCGGAUGUACUGUGUUUUGUCAUGGAUGAGAAUACGGAGUUGCUAAAACAACUUGGAGAAAGAAUUCAAGGUGGCAAGCAAAUGAUAGAAGGUUUGAAAUUGCUGGACCAUGUCGAAGGGGUUGACAAGUUUGCCAGAAAAAUUAAUCAGGAAAUCCGAUUUUUAAAGAAAGUACAAUCAACAGGAAAUGUGAAGAAGGAUCAUUUGCAAAGUACAAACUUAAUCCAUCUUAGCGCGUUGGUAGAUCGUCUUCGCGCCUCUAAGAACCCGGUGAGCGUUAUCAAACCGUUCAAGUUCGAACAGUCUCGACUGGAGGUUGACAUCGUCGACAACAAUGGAUCAACCUGGGUGAAAGUCAUAGCAAGAAAUGCACGCGCUUUGACGCUAAUAUCCCUUGGCAAUGGGGAAUAUGGACAAAAGUCUGUCCUGCAUCAAGCGGCAGCCUACCUAAAAUGUGCGGCCCUCCAUCCACAUAUGUACAAAAUACCAGAGGUAAUUUUCCACUUUGCCUAUGGGAUAGAAACGCCACUAGCUAUCAGAUUGAAACAUCUAGGAGUUGUGGUUGAGGGGGAAAAUAUUUCUUGCUCAGAAGAAAUUCCAUCCCUGGAUCAUUCGUUCUCGAUGGACCCUGGGCAACAACUUGAUUUCUCAGCUCUAGAUGUAUAUGACUCAGAUUGUGAAAGUGAUAAAGGAGAGCUGAAGGAGCUGGCAAUGCUUGACACAAUUAAUUCAGUACACACGAACGAAGUAGAGGAGAUCAAAAUUCUCAAUCUGGAUGUUUCUACUUUAUUGGCCUAUGUUACGAACAUGGUGAAUGGCCAGGCACAUUUUAAGUAUCGAGAACCUCUGUUGACCAUGCAAGCCGAGUGGGAAAGAAGCCGUCCUGUAAAACCGAUUCUUGAUCAAAUUUUCCAGGGCAAGACAUUAAUCGUCUGCCGCACUGCCUAUGAUAAUUUUACCAAUAUAAUUCGUGUUAUCGGAGGCCCCAAUGAGUCUCGCAGAAGUAAGGAAUUCAUGAGAAGGGUGACGAUCGUUCCUGAUGAUCCUUGCGACAGGAUUAUGAAGGCGUUACCCAUUGGUGGUAGAAUCAAGGAUCGAUCAAGGCUCGUUUUUGCAACUGGUGAAAAUAUGAAGAGUAUCACUGUGUCGGCUAAUGAAGGAUUCGUCAGAGCAGCCAGGAUGCAGGGAAUCGAAUGCUCAGUUUUUCUACACGAACCAAGAUCGUUAUCUGAAAUAAAAGAAAUUAAUGCCCAGAGAAUAAAUCCAUCCUGACCCCCGACGUCAACCAUCGACUGAAAUGGUUGCCAAUAAAAAAAAACUCGCAAUAUUUAUACACGUACGUCAUUCUUUAUU